ACUGGCGGGUGCGGUUCCCAGCUGAUUCCGACAUCCGUAGCAGCUGUGAUUGAUAUGUCUCUUCGCUGUUCAAAAAAUUCCAAUUUCGUGUUUGAUGAUGCGUCAUACAAUGAUCUGGAACUAGUUCAUUUUCGCCUUACUGAUUCUGCAUUAAGAGAUAUUGAACAGCUUGCUGGCACAUUAGGAGAUCACUCUUUCCGAAUAACAUUCAGUGGGUCCGAAGGAGUAAUGUCUUUAUAUUUAAUUUAUUGAAUCCUUGUAGUCGUUUGUAGUCCCGUCGGAAAACACAGCAGCAGGUUCACAUUUAGUACUUCAGGCCUAACCAGUAGUCACGAUGAGUCUAUUAAUUGUUUGCGUAUCAGAGGGUAAGGCCUACUUCUAUAUUAAACCCACAUUGUGUUUAAGAAACUCCACACACUGUCUGGGAAAGAUGGUAUCCAGAAUUACUGUUAAUGCCAAAGAAGAUAGUUUCUCUGCGGCUAAGGAAAGAAUGACACAAUUAGAAGAUGAAAAUAAAAAAUCACAUACCAAAGAACUUGGCUCUGGAAAGUCGAUGACACAAAGGACCUCAAUUCCCAAGUCUUCUAGCAAAAGAAGCAGUCCAUGCGUGAACUUAAAAGGCAAAACGAACGAGUUUGCACCUCAGAAUGUAGAUGCUGCAAACUCAGCCAAUCGAGUUCAGUCGCAGAAUCCUACUGGAUGUGGUCCCAGCCCACCAUUGGCUAACCCUGAAGUUUCCGCACGUUCACUGAGAGAACGUAUUAUCCAUAUAUUGGCAUUACGACCAUAUCAACGUCCUGAAUUAUUAUUACGAUUAUCACGUGAUGGUUUAUCUCGUCAUCAAAAAGAACAAAUCUCUGAUGUACUAUCUGCUGUUGGUCGUGUUGGAAGACAGUCAGCCUAUUAUCUUAUACCAUCUGUGAUAUCAGAAUUAGAUGCUAAUUGGCCAGGAUAUACAGGUGCUGAAAGGAAACGAAUAUUAUCUUUAAAGGCUAGUCAGUUGUCCCAAACAUCCCCUAAAUCUCCUACAAAUCGAUCUCGAACUUCAUCUCCUGACAAUUCAUCUACCCCGUCUUCCCUCCGUGUAUCUGAUGACCAAUUCACACGACGUCCAACUAGAGCGAAUGCCCCAUCAGCACCUCAUGCUCUCAGUAAGAAGAUAGCUGCAUUAGACAUGCUGUGUGCAGGUGUAAGCGAUGUAGAAGUUGCUGCUCGUUUAGGGGUAUUUCGUGGGCUGUUGGAUCAGUGGCGAGCUAACGAAUCAGAACUCCGUGAGAAAUAUCGUCGACUUAGUGCGAAUUCAGAUUCAUCCUCGUCAAAUCAGAACUCUAAUUUAAAUCAACAUCCUCAGGCAGAUGAUAAAUCUCUAGGCGGACGUUCAACAAACUCUUCUACCUCUAAUCCUAAUGAUACAAUUAAUAAUCAACGUUCCAAUUCAAUGAAUACUGGAAAUAUAAUAUCUCCGCAUAAACGUGCUAGAUUCGAUAUAUCUAACACAACCUCAAAUUCAACAGAUCUUCAACAAAUUGACUUAUCAUAUUCAGCUUCUGAUAAAUCUAUUCGAAGAUCUAUUAUACAUUCAUUCACAAAUCAUAAUCAUGAUGAAAAUAGUCAAAAUGGUACUAUAUCUCCUCCACUUCAUGAUAAUCUUCAUACACUUGAUACAUACAAUCGAUCAAAUCAACAAUGUACAUAUAAUACAACUGCUGGAAGUGAAGGUGAAAGUGCUGAACAUACUCCAUUUUCUAAUUCAAGUACUGGAAGUAGUGGUUAUGGUGGUUCAAUGAAUAGUUUAACUGCUUCAAGUGGUCUUGUAAAUAAUACUAAUAACUCUGAUCAUCGUCGUGGAGGAUUACUUGAACCAACUAAUCAUGAUCGUUCCACAUCUCGAGGGCAUUUAAUAUCAUCUGUACAUUCAGAAUGCUUGUCGAGUCGUUUACACACCGAUGAACGAUUAACUGAUGGCAAUACAUCUAAAUCGAUCACAGCAGCAUGUGGUAAAACACAACAGAUUUUGUCUCAAAAUGCUGUUGAAACAGAUGACUUCCAAGUGGAUGAUUUGAACAAUAAACUAGCGGAGAUUGAUCGACUUUAUCCACAAAUAUCUACACCAGAACAAGCUUCAAUGUAUUUAACAGAAUUUGAAUGUACAUAUCCUACAUAUCUACGUAUGUAUCAUUCUUUCUCAGAUAUAUGGAAAACUGUUAGUAAUCUACGUACACAAUUAUUAGAAGCUACAAAAAUUGAUGGAUUCGAUAGUGCUAAUACAAUACAUUUAGCAAAUCAAUUAGAUAAAUUUAUGCGUCGUUCACGUACACCAAAAUAUCAUGAUGAUGAAAUUCAAUUAACUUUAAUGGUGCAUAAAUUAAGAUUAUUAAAGCAACGACUUAUUGAUUCACGAAAUACUACUAUUACUAGUAGUAGUAAUAGUAAUGGUAAUUUAUCUGGAAAUAAAAUUAAUCUACCAUCUAGAAGUAGUAAUGAUUUAAAAUGUAUUCCAUCGAAAUCGUCGUCGUCGUCGUCGUCAUCGUCGUCGUCAUGUGUUAACAAGACUUCUUCAAUGGUUAACAGUAAAUCAUCAGAUAAUCGUCUAAUAACUACUACUAAGUGUAAUCGUCAACUUUUAUCUGAUCGAAACGAUUGUUCUAAUCUACUCCAGUGUAAUCAAGUCUGAUAAUGAUAUAUAUAUGUGUAUCUGUUCACUGAUUGGUCGGCUUAGUCUUUGGUACGAACUCGUGUUGUAUUGUUUUCUAUUGUCUUGUGUGUAUGGUUAUAGAUUGUGUUUAUAUUAUUCUCCGUGUGAAUCAAUCAUGAUAGGCAUGGUGAUUGUUAUCUUUCUAUAUUUUCUGAUUACCUAUCUUUUCUUAUCAAUGAUUCUGCUUAUUUUUAUGUGUUAUAUUAUUACUGCUGUGUAUAUGGUUGUUCUACGUUUAACACCCAUUGCAAUGUCUUAUUCAACCUAUUUAGUGUGUUGUAUCAUAGUCCUCUAUAUGUGUGUGUGUGUGUGUGUGUGUGAGACAGGAGUCCAGGUCGAAAUAAACACGAAGCGGUUUCUUUUAGUUGACAUUGAAUGUUUUCAAUGCCUUGAAGAAGAUACAAAGAAGAGACAUUCCUUAAUUUUUAAUUUCUUUUUUCUUUUUUAUUUAUUGUCUGUGCAUAUAUGCGUUGUAUUAGUCUUGUCAUCAUUAUUUUCUACUUUUUAUCCAUCUUCUGUGUCAAUUCCUAUGAUGCGUCGAUUCCAGUUGGCGUUGGUUGUAUCGGACACACACACACACAAUUAUCCACUAAUGACCUCACGCAUUUUAUAUCUACACCAUAUAUCCAGUUAAAUGGUAACCUGAAUUGAGAAGAAUAACCAACUGUGACCAUCUAACCAAUUACAUCAGGAUGCCUAUAUUCAUUAGCUGUUGGAGUAGGAUGACUAAUGUAGCACUAUAUGUGUCCUGUAUGUUCUGUUUCCGAUUUCUUCACGUUAUGCAUCCAUCAUCUUCAUUUUCCUUUUUUUUGGGCAUAGUUUGUUUUCUGUUUAGUAGAGAUUUGUAGUCGAUACGAUAAGAUUCUGUAUUUAUUGUAAUAAUAAUAAUAAUAGUAAUAAUGGUGGCCAACCGAUUAACUAUGCUUCAUGUGCCAGAAUUUUUAUCUCUUCACUUUGUGUGUGUGUGUGUGUGUGUAUUCGUGUGAAUUAUUGUUCACAUUCCAUCGACUAAACAGUCUUUGUUCAAAAGUUGCUUCUAUCCACUUCAAUGUCUUCCUCGGAUUUUAUUGUCUCUCCUGCCUAUUUUAUCUUAUUAUAUAUCAUGUGCAUACGAGGUGGGGCAUCAUUGUUCUCAUAUUAUCCUUUGUCUUAUAUUCACUACAUUGAUAACUGACUGAAGAAAAUAUCUGUUUUCAAGACAAAACACAUUAAAAAAAAAAACGAAGAAGUUAUAAGUCGAGAUCAGUUUGUGUUUUUUUUUAUUCCUCCUGCCCCCCCCCCGCCUUCUUGCUUUUUUUUUUAGUAUUGUUAUAAUCCUCCUUGUGCUCUAAACUGAAUUUUUUUGUUUUGUAAACAAGAGAAAAAAAAUGAGAGUAGGGUGGGGAGUGGGAACAUUGGUUUUUUGGUCAUUUUGUGAUGACCGCGGGGGGGGGGGACGACAGUUGAAAUUGAUUCGAUCUUAUCGGUGCUUGCUAUCGCUAUUGCACAGAUUCUCUGUGAUAUAUGUAUAUGUAUGUGUGUAAUGCAUAGUCAAUACACGUGAAUAUGUAUCCAGAAAAACGUUAUAUCACUUAUGUACACAGACACACUCACAUAUACAUAUGAAAGCUGGUGACUCUUCUGUUCUGUUGUUGUUGUUGUCUUUACAUACUGUUUCUGAAGACUAAUUUGUCCUCCGGUGACUCUUGCAUAUAUGAUGGUGUUUUUUUUUCUGGUGCGAAUAAUGGUCCCCUUUUUUCUUAACGUCUUUAUCAUUUCCCUCGUACAUCAGGUUAAGUUAUGCGGUGCAAUUCUUCAUUCCUUAAUCGUAUCCAACUUUCUAUGGUUUUUCCUUGAGAAGCAUUUCAUUUGGACAGAAUAAUUGAAUGAAUGUAUUGGAAUCUUGCCUUAUAUACACAUUUUCUGUCCAACAUAUGUAUGUGUGUGUGUGUGUAUUGUUCUCAUCGUUGUGAUGUUAUGUAAUAUGGUGUAGUGUGGUAUGAUGUAAUGUGAUUGGUCUUUCAUGCUAUCAUUGUAUUUUAUUAGUAGUAAGUGUGUAUGUAUUCUGUUUUAUCGGUUCAUUUGUAAAAUGCAUAUCUCUACACACACACACACAUAUGCGCGCGCGCGUUGGUUCUACUCUAUGUGUAAAUAUAUGUCUAUCAGUGGGUGUUUGCAUGUGUGUGUGUGUGUGUGCUGUUGUGCAUGGCUCUGUGUUUGUUGAACCUAAUCUUUUGACAAUACCACUGUUAUGAUGAUGAUGAUGAUCAUGAUCAUGAUAUACGUUUGACACAAUGAAUAAAGAACUUUGACAAGAUUGUGAUUUACUUUAAACAUAUAAAAGUGAUAAUAUACUUUGAAAAUAAAAAGAAAUUAAUUUGUUAUAC